AUGGCGCAUCACACACCACCACUGCUGUUGAUGCUUCUUCUAUGUACACUUUCUGUCAACUCAUCAUUCCAGCCCGCCCUGGUGUUAGAAAUGGCCAAGAUUCUUUUGGAAAACUACUGCUUUCCUGAGAACCUAGUUGGGAUGGAGGAGGCUAUCCAACAAGUGAUCAACAGUGGAGAAAUCCUGCAGAUUUCAGACAGGAAGACCCUGGCCUCUGUGCUCACAAACGGAGUACAAGGGGCACUGAACGAUCCGAGGUUGACUGUGUCAUAUGAGCCCAAUUUUGUCCCGGUGAUGCCACAGAUGCUGCCGUCUCUGCCCAUAGAGCAGCAGAUCUGGCUGGUAAGAAACUCUGUCAAGCUGGAUAUCCUGGACAACAACGUUGGAUAUUUGCGGAUGGAUCGGAUCGUUGGGGAGGAGACAGCUACAAAGCUUGGCUCCCUGCUGAGGGACAACAUCUGGGACAAAGUUGCUCGCACAUCCUCGCUGAUCUUGGACCUGAGGUAUAGCACAGCUGGAGAAUUGUCUGGAGUUCCCUUUAUAAUCUCCUAUUUCUCAGACCCUGAGCCUCUCUUUCAUAUUGACGCUGUGUAUGACAGGCCCUCAAAUACAACUAAGGAGCUGUGGACCAUGCCGUCAAUAAUGGGGGAAAGGUAUGGAAAGAAGAAAGACUUGAUUAUUUUGACCAGUAAGCGUACCAUGGGGGCUGCUGAGGCAGUGGCAUAUAUAUUAAAAAACCUAAAGAGGGCCAUCACAGUUGGGGAAAGGUCUGCUGGUGGGUCAGUAAAAGUCCAAAAGAUUAGGAUCCCUCAGUCGGAGUUCUACAUAACAGUUCCUGUGGCAAGAUCAGUUAGUCCAAUCACAGGCCAUAGCUGGGAAGUGAGUGGUGUUUCUCCAACAGUCAACAUCCUUGCCAAGGAAGCUGUCGCAAAAGCCAAGUCCCUUCUGGCUGUAAGGAGUGCCAUUCCAAAAGUUGUGCAGAGUAUCGCUGACGUAAUCAGGAGGUUCUAUGUUUUCACUGACAGAGUUCCGGCUCUUCUUCAAUAUCUGCAAUCAACAGAUUUUUUCUCUGUCAUAUCUGAGGAGGACCUAGCAGUCCGACUCAACCAGGACCUCCAGACUGUGUCUGAAGAUCCACGACUGAUAAUCAAAUACAUGCAAGACAAUGCUGCCAUUCUUGAGGAGGACCCUGAGCUUUACAACAUUCCAGAUGAUUUGGAAUCGUUGAAAAAACUUGUAGAUACAACGAUUAAAGUGGAAAUUCUCCUAAACAAUACUGGCUAUCUCCGCAUAGACAAGUUUGUCAAGUCGUAUGCAGGGACUAAAUUAGAAGAGCUCAUGGCUAAAAAGGUAUGGGAUCCCCUCAAAGACACUAAUAACCUGAUUAUUGAUUUACGCUAUAACACUGGUGGAUCCUCUACCUCUCUAGCCCUUAUACUGUCCUAUCUGCAGGACACUUCCCAGAAGCGUAAUUUUUUCACAAUAUAUGACCAAAUUCAGAACACAACAAUCGAAUAUGACUCUCUGCCUCAAAUUGCCGGCCCGACCUAUGGCUCCAAACGUGGAGUUUACGUGUUGACCAGCUACGACACAGCAAGCACCGGCGAAGAGUUUGCUUACCUGAUACAGUCACUUCAUCGGGGCACAGUCAUUGGGGAAAUUACAUCUGGUACCCUGAUGCACGCAAAGUCGUUUCAAAUAGAGGGAAUGUCUAUUGCCAUCACUGUUCCUUUCAUAAACUUUGUAGACAACAAUGGUGAAUGCUGGCUGGGAGGUGGUGUGGUGCCCGAUGCCAUUGGGCUAGCCGAGGAAGCUGUGGAGCACGUUUAUGAGAUUGCAGAUUUUCACCAAGGUCUCAAGUUCCUCAUAGAGGAAACUGGGGAACUGUUAGAAAAACACUACACAAGUCAUGACGUUGCACUAAUGGCCAGCAAGGUACUUUUGAGCAAAUGGGCCGAGGGAAUAUACCGGUCAGUGGUUGACUUUGAAUCCUUGGCAUCUCAGUUGACAGCAGACCUCCAAGAGACUUCAGGCGAUCACCGUCUCCAUGUCUUCCAUUGCGAUGUCGAGCCAGAGUCACUUCACGACGUCCCAAAAAUCCCUACCGCUGAAGAAGUGGGACACAUAAUCGACGCUUUGUUUAAAAUUGAGCUUCUGCCAGGUAAUGUUGGGUAUGUAAGGUUUAACAUGAUGGCAGAUGUGGAGGUGGUAAAAGCCAUUGGGCCUCAGCUGAUAAAAUUAGUGUGGAGCAAGAUAGUAAACACAGAUGCCCUUAUAAUUGACAUGAGGUACAACACUGGUGGAUAUUCAACGGCAAUUCCCCUAUUAUGCACCUACUUCUUUGAUGCUCAACCUUUGCGGCAUCUUUACACUGUCUUUGACCGCACCACAACCACCACGACCGAAGUCAUGACAUUGCCUCAAGUCAGAGGUCCAAGGUAUGGGUCCUCCAAGGACGUCUACAUCCUCACCAGUCAGAUGACGGGGUCAGCCGCCGAAGUGUUCACCCGCUCUAUGAAGGACCUGAAUAGGGCCACAAUCAUUGGAGAGCCAACGAUGGGAGGGUCUCUAUCGAGUGGAACCUAUCAGAUCGGGGACAGCGUCCUGUACGCUUCAAUCCCUAACCAGGUUGUGUUGAGUGCAAUCACUGGGAAAGAGUGGAGCAUUUUAGGGGUUGAGCCUCAUGUUAUUGCCCAGGCAAAUGACGCUCUUACUGUCGCACAGAGACUCAUAGCAGCAAGGCACUUGAAGAGAGCGCAAGGAAAAUAG